CUUUCUUUCUUUCUUGCUGGCAGAAAUUAGGGUUUAACUCGGAGAGAGAGAGCUGAAAAUUCAGGGGGAGACGACGACGAAGCGAUGAACCCACUAACCCUAGUGAAGCGGAUUCAGAACAUCAAUGCGAGAGAAGCUCAAUUAGGGAUUUCAGAGGACGCUUCAUGGCACGCCAAGUACAAAGACUCCGCUUACGUUUACGCCGGCGGCAUUCCCUUUGAUCUCACCGAAGGCGAUCUCCUCGCCAUCUUCGCACAGUACGGAGAGGUCGUCGAUGUCAACCUCGUUCGCGAUAAAGGGACCGGGAAAUCCAAAGGGUUCGCCUUUGUUGCGUAUGAGGACCAGAGGAGUACCAAUCUCGCUGUGGAUAAUUUGAACGGAGCCCAAGUGGUGGGUCGAACUAUCAGGGUUGAUCAUGUGGAUAAGUACAAGAAGAAAGAAGAGGAAGAUGAAGAGGAGGAGCAGAGGAAGAGGGAGGAGCGUGGCGUUUGCCGAGCUUUCCAGAGAGGUGAAUGUACUCGUGGAGCUGGAUGUAGAUUUUCUCACAAUGAACAGAGAGCUGCAAACACAGGGUGGGGUGCUGAGGACAAGAAAUGGGGACACGAAAACUAUGAUGGUCCGAGAAAGAGUGACAAAAGACCUGGCACCAUCCCCUCAAAUCGUGUUCCAGAGCCUAGAGUGCGAGAAGAUUUCAGCACUAAAGAUAAGUUUAAGACAGUACCGGACAGGAGGGCCUUGGAGGAAGAAAAGAGGACAUCAAGAAGACGUGGUGAGAAUGAUGAGUUGGAGCCAAGAUCAAGAGAAGAUUAUGAUAGGAGGGAAGAAAAGAGACCAAGAAGACAUGAUGAUUUUGAAUUUCAGCCGAAGGCAAGAGAAUAUCAUGAUAGAAGGGAAGAUAGGAGACCCAGAAGGCAAGGCGACGAUGAAUUUGAACCGAAGCUAAAGUCUGUAGAAGAUAAGAGACCCAGAAGGCGUGGUGAUGAUGCUGCAUAUGAGCCCAAGUCUAGAGAAGAUCAUGUCAGGAGUGAAUAUGAUAGAAGAGAAGAUAGGAGACCAAAAAGACGUGGUGAUGAUUUGGAAGCUCAUGACAUGAGGGAAGAUCGUGAUAGGAUGGAAGAAAAGAGAUCAAGGCGACCCAAUCAUGACGAAUUAGAGCCACAGCCACGAGCAAGUCGGGGUAAGGAGAGAGAUUGAGAAGGCAUCAUGAUGAUGAAGUGCCUCCAAAGUCUAGAGAAGUUCGCCAAAAGGGAGAUUAGGAAGUAAUCAAUUAUCACUGAAAGCUGGACCAAAUACAUGGAAGAAUAUUGAUGUGACAGGGUAGACAUAUCGUUGACUCAUGGGUGGGAUUCUAACAUUGGUCAAAAGGAGGGAGUAAUGGUGUAAAACAUAUACUCAAGCCCUUCACAAUUUUCACAUGUCUUGUUUGUAAUGCUUCCUGUUAUGCAAUGUUAAAGAGUUGUUUCCGGUAGAUUGUGUGAGGUGUAUCCUUAUUUGUUGCUGAUAUGGUCCUAAUAUGUUCUCUGGUUUGUAUAUUGCAUUUGAUAUGCCAAGGCCUUGGCCAAUCAAUGUUUGUGGAAUAUCUUAUCUUGCUACUUUUUGGUCAUUCCUACCCAAAAGGACGAGGAAGUCGGGGUGAUGAUGCAUGCGAUAAAGGCAAUGCUUAUGCAAGUAAGCAACUCUGCAUAAUAUCUGUUCUUGAUUCUUAA